GGCAAUUACUAGAAUAGAAUUUUUAAAAAUAGACAAAGAAAUAUCAAAUGCAAAUUCCAAACAUUAUUCUAAUUACAAGUGUGGAUUUAGAGUUUAUCGUUGCUAGUGCAUCGUUUUCAAAUUCCUUUUUUAGAAAAAAAAUAAUCCCAAAAAUCUCCAAGUCUGUUUGCAAAAUUGUCAACACAAACAAACAAAACUCUGAAUGAACAACGUUAAUGCAUAAUCGAAUUGGCGGCAACAACAAAACCACCGCCACCAACUCUGCAAUUCCUCUCGUCUUCUCCAUUUUCUCUCUCCUCCUCCUCCUGCAAUGUUGUUAAUCUUCAAACCACACCACAAAAAGCUUCUCUCAUUCAAAAAAAACCAUAUACAACAGCAUGUAAUUCCCAAUUUUCUCAAUGGAUGUUGAAGACCCAUCAUCAUCAAACCCUAACCCUAACAACCUUAAUAAUAAUAAUAUUGCUAAUUAUUAUUAUAAUUAUAAUAAUUGUGAUGUGAAUCCAAUCCCAUCACGGCCACAGAUUCGGUUGUUGUUUGGGAAUUCCGACGCCGCAGCAGCCUCUGUUUUCAGGCGGGCCCACUCUGAUGGAAAUUUCCGGGUCGCCGCCGCAGACAACGACGGCGGCGAGGCAUUCAAUGGCGGUUACACGGCGGAUAUGGGGUCGGAGGAUGACCUCGUCUCCGCAUUCCUCGACAUUCAGAAGCUCGGCCGAAAUGAGGACGACGGCGCCUCCGAACAUUUGAUGGAUCACGGUGGCGGUCUAUCGGAGAAGAGGUUUCGGCGGUACCGGAAUAGCAGCUUGUCGGAGGGGUUAGGUGAAGCGAACAAGGCAAUGCCGCCGGAGAAGUUGGCUGAGCUUUGGGCUGCAGACCCCAAGCGUGUUAAGAGGAUCUUAGCAAAUAGACAGUCUGCUGCUCGCUCAAGAGAGAGAAAGACUCGCUAUUUAUUAGAACUAGAGCGAAAAGUUUACUCCCUUCAAUUAGAAGCAAGGAAUCUGUCUGCACAACUCACAAUAUACAAGAAAGACACAACUGUUCUGAUGACAGAAAAUGUUGAGAUCAAAAUGAGGCUACAAGCUAUGGAGCAACAAGCUCAGUUGCGUGAUGCUCUAAAUGAAGCACUAAAGCAAGAAGUUGAGAGACUGAAGAUUGCAAAUGGGGAAAUAACAACUCCAACUGAGUCCUUUAGCUCGAGAACGCUGCCCGUGCCACGCAGCCCAUUAGCCCCGUGCCUUACAGCAUCCUCCGCCUCGGCUUCCUCACAGAAAACAAAGAACCUCUUUCCACGUCGAAAACAAUCCCAGCUGCCACCAUUGCAUAAUUCCUGGUCUAGCCUAUCACCAAGUCGUGAAUAUCGUCGUCAAGCAAAUCAUCCGUGGAUGAGUUCUGAGCAGAAUGAAGAUAUUGGCGCCGUAGAGGGGACCGAUGUUAGUAACAGAGGAUCGAACCUUGUGAAUACGGAAGCUCCUCUGGCUUCCGGCAGCGAUAGUAGCUCCACAACACAGCUGCUGACUCCCUGAUUUUGUAAUGGUGUGCCUCUGUAUAUGCUAUAUAUAUAUUGUUUAUAAACUGAAAUCAAAAUUUAACUGAAACAAAGGUACUAAUCUCAAGUUAGCUAAUUCUUUUAUUCCAUUGGUAUUCUAUUGGGAAUGAAUUCUUGAACUGUUGGUUGAAGUAGAUCUCUGUCUCCAUAUUGUGAGUUAUUUUUGUAUUGAUAAUUUAUUUAAUAUUCUUCGGGCUGUAGUCUAAUUGUGUUUACAUCACAUUGGAACGUACACCUUAUUUGUUGGGC